UUAUAAAAAAGAAAAAAGAAAAAAAGUGAGUGCAUAAAUUUAUGAGACGGGGGCAGGAGUGGCUGAGUGCCAGGUGUGUGACGGACCAUAUUGUUUUUCCCCCGCUAUCGUCUUCUUCCUUCCUUCACCGCAUUAGGGUUUCCUAACUAACUUCCCGUUUCCUCAAACUCACACUCCACCCAUCAAUACGACCGCUAAUCACUGCGUUUUCAAAACCUUCAUUUGUCUCUAUCCAACGAUACAAUCCAAUAUCGAAAUUCUUCCGUAUUUUUACUUAUUCGGUUCCGCGCAAAAUCGAAUAGACUUCGACACUUACUUCUAUUACUCAUGGCUUCUUCUUCGGUAAUCACUCCCGAAGAUGUGUUGGAAUCUCUUAUGAACGACGGCACAAUUGAUGCCCUCAGAUUGAAGAUCAUCAACCAGCUCAAAGCCAACGAGGAACUGAAGAGUACUACUAUAAAGAUGGCUGAACAGAGUAAAGUUCUGAACACCCCUGGUGCUGAGAAACAGACUAAAAGAGAGCUAUUUGAUGCGCUUCGUCAAGAACUUGAAGCUUCUGUACUCGAGAAAGCUUCAAAAUCAGUUUGGGAUUUAAUUUUAGACAACAAUGGCUUAGGAAAAGAGAUAAGUGAAACAGUUGAAAGCGUGUUUUGCCGAUUGAGUGGCCAGGAACCUCCUUUAUUUCCGCUUCUAAAUGGAGAGCCACAACCCGAUAAGGAGGCUGACAGCAGAAAAGAAAAAGGUAAAGGGAAGCAGAAAGAAAAUGAAAAUACAAAUUUGAUUACUCCAUCAAAGAAAAGAAGCUUUAGUGAAACAAAUUUGGAAGGAGCAGAUGAAACUGCCACCCGGUCCUCCGAUCCUGCAGCGAUAUCAGAAGGUUCUGGAAAAUCACCUUUAUCGAUUUCAAAGACUUGAAUAAUGAGUUCAACAAGUUUCUGUAAUGGAAGUGAUCACAUCUGGUAAAUAUAUCGUAGUAAUAGGACUUCACUGGAGCUCAGAAGAAUCUUUCCAGCCAUAUAAGUUGUGUAUUAUGCAACAAACACCUUGUAUGCCUUACAUAUAAUUUAUGAGUUUGAAUGUUGCAACUUUACCUUAGUCCAGUAUAGAUCCACCAAUUUUUCAUCUUUGAACUUAUGAAUUCUAGGAGAUGUGGGGAUUAUUAUUUUAAUGUCAUGCUUCAAGCUAUGAUUAAUAUUAGUAACACCAUUUUUAACAUAA